CGCGCGCGGAAUUAGCCAUGAGCUCUACGACGCCAGCGGACAAGGCCAACGCGACCGACGCCUUGAGCCCUUCCAACGACUCUGGAAGCAAUGCGAAGCGGAAGAGCGACGAUGCGCCUGCGCAGCCGAGGGCCAAGCGCAACAGAUACAUCUCCAUCGCGUGCAAUGAAUGCAAGCGCCGGAAGAUCAAGUGCAAUGGCCAGACGCCCUGCCAGCGCUGCGGAAACCUCAGCCUGGACUGCCAGUACUCGCCCAACUGCUGUAACAACUUCAAGGAAAGCGAAGAGUUCAAGCAGAUGUCCGCGCAUAUAACCUCACUUCAGCAGCAAGUCGACGACCUAUUCCACAACAUCAGCAACCUUCGCACCCAAGUCGACCUCCACAGCAAUGGCUCAAUCGAAACGCCAUUCACCCAAGACUACCAGCAGACGCCCAUGCUACCGCCUCAGCCGUCGCGAUCGCGGUCCAAGUCCUUCAGUAAACACCCUCGCUUCCAUGGGCCAACGUCAAAUGCUUUCAAUGUCGGGGUCGCGAGAUCAAGCCUGAAAACCAUGGGAAUAAACGCUGGCGACGAAGGAGACGACGAGGGCCAGAUGACCCGCGACGUAACACCUAGGGCAUCGCCUUCUGCACCCAACGGCAUGCUGUCGAAACGGCCGAUGCACGUGGACAAAGACCCGAUAUGGGCCAUUUCGAAACACGAGGCUGUUCGCUUGGUCCAUGUCUAUCACGAAGAGAUGGGCGUCAUGUAUCCGAUACUGGAAAUCGACAAGAUGCUGCGCUAUACCGAGAUGCUGUUCACUUUUGUAGAGGCUGCAACCAGGUCGGGUCUCAUGCAAGGUGCCCUUCCUGGCUCAGAUGCAAUGAUGGACGAACAAAUCAGUACAUUGAAGUUGGUGCUUGCAAUUACCUUGGUGCUGGAAGGCGGGGGGAAAGACCCUCUGGGCGAGAGGCUGUUUGCAAACGUACACAGGGUUGUGGACAGGGCCUUGUCUGAGCCUGUCAGUCUUCACAGCAUCAACCUGUUGGUUCUUACGGCCAUGUACCACUUUACCCGGGAUGACGAAGGAAUGGCCUGGCGAAUAAGCGGGCUGGCUGCGCGACACUGCCUCGAAAUGGGCUUGCAUCGCCGGGAUACUUACUCGUCUCUCUUUCCCAAUCCCGAAGAGCAAGCGGUGGCAAUUCGCACGUUCUGGACAAUCUACGUUCUUGAUCGUCGCUGGAGCUUUGGGACGGGAAUGCCGUUUGCCUUGCAAGACUCAGACAUUGAAAGCAACGUGCCCAAGCCGGAUCUAUCUCACGAAUCCAGCCCAUAUCUUAACGCGAUGAUCGCCUACUCGAUCAUCGGAUCAAAGGUAUGGCGGUCGGUUGCUGACGUGGGGCACCAGGAUAAGAUUAACAAGGAAGACAUUUCCUUCCUGGAUUUUCAAGUCCUCAACUGGCACCGCAGCAUCCCAGAGUCUUUGAAGUUUGUCCACCCUGAUAGCGGUAGGCAAAUCGACCCUCCGCCACGCUUGGUCCACCGAUUGCAAGUAGUACUCUACCUUCGGGCGAACCAAAUGCGGAUCCUAAUCUACAGACCUGUGUUGCACACCGUAACUACUAUUAUGGAGAAUUUGGAUUUUGCACACGUUGUCGUCAAGGUCGCCAAGGACACGAUUCGGAUACUGACAUAUCUCAAUCAGACAUCAGACAUUUACAGAUGUCAGCAGACCAUGUUCAACUAUUUUCUCAUAUCGGCGCUAGCAGUGUUGUUCCUUGCUGUCGCCCACGCACCAGCCGAGUUUAGCCAGCAAUCCCGAGAUGAGUUCUACAUGGCUCUUGAUCUUGUGCGAGGCCUUUCCUCAAACUCAUACGUCUCGAAGCGCCUAUGGAGGACCAUAAAGACGAUGAAGGAGGUCGGGCCGCGCAUUGGGCUUUUCAUACGCAACGAGGACACUCAUGAUGCACACUCGUCUGCCGCUGUAGCCAUGGCAGGCCUGGCAGGCCAUUCGAUAGAUGAGCUGGCACUCUUCUCCAAUAGCCGCAACGGGAACACGCUAGAUACGCCGCACGGAAUGGCGAGUGACCUUACGACUUUGUUUGAAGCUGCGGGUGGCAUCUUCAAUCUCAAUGGAUUUGGAGGAUCGUCGGGCGAGAUUUCGAGCGCUAAUGGGGAGUUUGUAAACGGGUUUGGGCAAGAAAAUGACGAACUGGCACGUAUCAUGAGAGAGUUGUUCUAGAAGUCUCUAGCCGU